AGUUUGUCUUUUCCAUGUUCUAAAAUGGGACGCGUCUCAUAUUACGUGUGUAACGUAGUGGACGUGAUUUCCGUAAGAAACUGGAGAGAACGUUAUUGGGAGAUGGAAAGUGACAUCCACAAACGGAGGAUCCAACUAACUGGAUUUAAGAACCAAGAAAAGAAGACCCUAGUCGAAUUGAUUCAUAAACUAGAGUGUGCUUUCUUUGACAUUAAGGAAUACAGAAAUUGCACUCACCUUAUAGCAAAACAACCUUGCAAGAGUGAAAAGUUCUUAGCAUCAUGUGCAGCAGGAAAGUGGAUACUAACCAAGGACUACAUAAUUAAUAGCGCCGAAAGUGGCAGAUGGCUCGAUGAAACAACUUACGAAUGGGGAUAUAAAAUUGAAAAAGGCUCCCAUUAUUCACCUCAAAUGCAAUCUGCACCUAAAAGAUGGCGCAAAGAGCUGAUACGCUCUGGUGCUGCAGGGGCCUUCCACAGAUGGAAAGUUGUCCUCCUUGUUAUGAAAGGUGAUAAACGAAAUGAUUCUUUGAGAAGGGUACUAGAAGCAGGAAAAGCCACAAUAUAUACAGCAUUAAGUACACCAAAGGAUAUUACUCAUGUGUUAACUAAUAAUCCAGCAUUAAAUCAAGAAAAAGAGAAGAAUCUGUUUGGUGCUCCAUACUAUCCAGUUCACUAUAUAGGGAUUUAUCUCUUAGAGAAUGAAAUUAAAAGUGAUACUGAAAAAGACCAAGAGAACAAUCUUAAACCUGAACAAGAAUCAAGAGAGAUGAUGACUGAUGUGCAUCUGAGUGAAAUGAAAAAUGCCCUUAUAAAGCAUAUAUAUUCUGAGCAGGCUAUGCUAAGAGAAUAUACUCAAAUAGACCAAAUGACUGAGUGCAAAAAAGAGGUAAAAAAUACUCGCUGUUCUGGAGGAAUCAACAAUAUACUUGAACUAGUAGAUGACCACUUAUUUCCUAUUGCAAUCACUGAAUUUUUCUCUGGGAAAGAUCUCAUUCCUCCUGCUAAACUUCUUCACUCUCUUCUAGAGCACAUACUUCAGGGAAAUUCAGACUCUACACUUUCUGUUCAGUUUUUUCGCAUCAUGUAUGCUCUUCUUCAACAUGAUCCUCCUUGGAAAUCACAUUCUAUGUUAAGAUACUACCUGGAUAUUCUUCAGUGUCCUGUUUGCAUGAGAGGAACAUGGCCUCUGAUAGAGAUGCUUGUGAGAAACCCAAGGUGGCCUACAUAUGGUUCCCAGGCGGUCUCCCAUCUAGGCACUGACGCAAACAGUGCCAUGUUGCAGGACUCCACCAAAGACCAAGGGAGACUGACCAUGCACACGCAACUAAAAAAGGCCUACCUUUGCUGCAAGCUUGUGUCUUCAAUUUCUUCAAGGACCCCCAGUCCAAAGGACCCCAAAAUUCCCCGUCAAACCCCCAUACUUGGAGGCAGUAUGCCACUGAAUAACAGUUGCUGUUUGUAUGAAGGAGAUGAUUUGCAACACCUGCAAGUGAUGCCACAGACAGUUCUGCAGAAGACAUUCUGGUUAGGAAGUGAAUCAAUACUUUUCACCAAACAAAUAAAUAUUCUAGUAGAUUGGGUCAUAAAUUCCUAUAGAGAGAAGUACAAAACAAAUGAUAUCUUCAAGCAUGAGGUAGCUGACUUGUUGAAUAGAAUUUUGGGUGCUGUGGUUGAAUAUUGGAUUCUUUCAGGGUUCCUAAUGGACAGGAAUAUGUUGCAUCCUGUAGCUGAUGAUCUUGCAUCUUAUAUUGCCAUUUCAUGUGAUGAUUUUUCACCGGAGGAAUUAAAAAUGUUCAUUUCUUCCAUAUCAUCUUUGUGGCUUGAAAUGUUUGUUGCAGAAGCAGUUUUUAAAAGCUUGCCUUUCCAAACCAACACUGUUGUUUCCACUGAACUGCUCUCUCUCGAAAAAAUGGUUUGUUCCUAUCUGCCUGCUUUACAAGUGGGGAUGUGUGAGCUAAAGAUGCACAAAGCAAAGAAAAACCAAAUAGGGCAAUGGCCUUGCCCCAAGUCUCAAAGGGCAUUACUGAUGCUAAAUGGUGAUAAGCAAAACCAAGCCAAAAUGCUGCCUGAUGUACCUAUACAAGUCAGUGGUAACUCUGCUCAUAUGCAAAUGAAACUGGAAAACAAAGCUGAAGUUGAGAUAAUGCAGAGCAAAGAAAAUUGCUGUUCUUCAGCUAAACAGAUGAAUGUUUACAAGGUUAAUGUUAAAGGAGAGACAGCCCUGCAUAUUGCUUGCAAAAGCAACAAUGUGAAGAGAUUGAUUCAUCUUCUUUCUCUACCUGGAAUAGAUAUUAACGUUAAAGACUAUGCUGGCUGGACGCCUUUGCAUGAAGCCUGUAACCAUGGUAGCACAGUGUGUGUCUGUGAAAUUUUGCAACAUUGUCCAGAGGUAAACCUGUUCAGUCAAGUAGAUGGGGUGACUCCCUUGCAUGAUGCACUGGCAAAUGGACAUGUAGAGAUUGCCAAGCUUCUACUUCAGCAUGGGGGACCAGUAUUGCUACAGCAGAAAGAUUCUGCAGGGAACCUGCCACUCGAUCACAUAAAGUGUGAAACAACCAAGCAACAUCUUUUGCAUCUUGUUAAGUCAGAAAAGACAGUUAAGGAUUUCCAUGCACAAGUGGAAAACAGCUUCUGUAAUCAACAGAUAGAAUUUUGGACAGUUUUAUUUUGCAAGAUGUUGCUAAACUUUUGUUCUGUAUAUAACCUAUUUAAACCUUUUUCUGUAACCUUUAAAAAGUUAGCCUGCUCACAUCCAUUGCUGAUGACAGCUGGUCAUUGCAAGUUUAAUGCUAACUCUAGCCAUUGGUUUAUAGAUCUUUAUUUUAGAGAGCUUGAAACAUUUCAAAACCUCCCACAGUAUCUUAAGAAAACCAUUGAGGAACUUAAAAAUGGCACAGGCGAACAGAAACAAGCUUUUGCUGCAACAUUACAACAAAUUUCAGUGGAAAUUCAGAUGUCUAGCCUUUAUUUGGCUAACAGACCUCCAAACUAGUUCUACUUGCCUAGUCAAGUGUGUUAUCGGCCUCAACACUUAAUGGUACUAUCCAUGCCUGGUUGUUCUACUGAUCCCCACAAGGAAAGGCUACAUUGGUUCACCACAAAAUGAACAAGCGGCACUGAAUGUCAGGUUCACACACUUCCCUUUCCACUCUUUUGUACACCAGAAGAGGAGACCAGAAUAAUCUGUUUCCAGUUUUACACUAACCACAAUUUUUCCUGUAAUGUCUGAACCAAGAGAAAUGUUUUUUUAAACUAAUCAGUGAGAACAAGCCAGGAUCAAACGGUGUUCUCAGAUGCUGGCUUUUCCUCACCAACUAGUUUUCAGGUUCAGACAUUACUGGGGAACUGUGAUUAAUACAAAAAUGGAAGUGGAUGCUUCCAACCUUGUUGGGCAUGAAAGAAAAGGAACAGAGGUGAGGCUUCACAUUCACUGUAUGGGCCCCAUGGUCUCUUAAAUUUCUGGUGAGUGAGUGAGCUCCAGAGGUAGUCCUGCACCAACUUUGUGUAUUUUUCCUCCAGCUCAUCUAGCAACUGUUAAGUUUUCUCAGUUACUUCUGCCUACCACAGCAGUAAUCACUAAGCCUGUAUUGUCUGGAAAAUCUAGUAAGUUGUUCCUCCCGUGACAUUCUAACCGAUUUAUAUAUUUUUUAUAUAUAUUUUUACAAUUCUUGUAAAAUAUUUGUCUAAUAAAUAGCAUUGCU